AUGAGUAGCUUGCGAGUCCGGCAGGGCGACUGUGGCAGCUGCUGGGCCCACGCGUCCAUGGUGGUCAUGCGGUCCCGGGCGGAAAUCAAAGGGAUGAGAAACAUGGGGUGGUCCACCGACCAGCUGGUGGCGUGCACCCCGAACCCGAAGCACUGCGGCGGCGAGGGCGGCUGCCAGGGGGCCACCGCGGAGCUCGCCUUCGAGUACGUGCUGAACAUGGGGCUCCUGCAGGACAGCGAGUUCCCAGCCAGGGGCGGCUUGCGCAGCUCCUGCCCCGAGCCGCUGAAGUCGGCCACCGAGGUGGCCACCCGAGGCAUCAUCGGCGCGGACGGCAGCGAGGUGCACCGCGUCGGGGCGGCGAAAUUGGCGGGCAGCGCCCUCGGCCUGACCGGGUGGACCAAGCUCCCGGAAAACAAGGAGGAUACCCUCGUGCGGGAGCUGAUGGCCAACGGCCCCGUGUACGUGGCGGUGGCGGCGGGUGACUACUGGUUCGACUACUCGGAUGGCGUAAUGACGGAGGAGGCGUGCGGCACUGGCCUCGUCCUGAACCACGCGGUGGUGCUGAUCGCCUGGGGCGUCAAGGAGAACACCGUCCGCGGGACGGUGAAGUACUGGCGGAUCAAGAACAGCUGGGGCCCGACCUGGGGCGAGCGCGGCACGGGCCGGCUCGUGCGGUCGGACCAGGAGGAGAAGGCCUGCGGCUGGGACGAGGACCCCAAGCAGGGCUCGGGCUGCGACGGCGGCCCGGAGCGGGUGUACGUGUGUGGCAGCUGUGGCAUCCUGUACGACGCCGUGGCGCCGCACUUCUGA